AUGAUGGAAUAUGAAUACGGUUCUUUCAGAAAGGAGUCAGAUUUCCAUAAUCGGUGUUGUGGUGGUAUGCUGUGGUGUAUAAGGGAUAUAUGUGGAAUUAUAUGUGCAAUUUUAACAUGGUUACUUAUUCUUUACGCAGAGUUCGUAGUUAUGUCUGUUAUACUCAUUCCAAGCCCCUAUCCUAUAUACAGUAUUGUCAAUAUGAUUAUUUUCCAAAUGUGUGCGUUUUUAGCUAUCACGUCUCAUGUCAAAACGAUGUUCACAGAUCCGGGUGCUGUUCCCAAGGGGAAUGCUACGAAAGAGAUGAUAAAACAGAUGGGCUUUCGCGAGGGUCAGGUGAUAUUUAAGUGCCCUAAAUGUUGCAGUAUAAAGCCCGACAGAGCACAUCAUUGUUCGGUUUGCCAAAGAUGUAUACGAAAGAUGGACCACCAUUGCCCUUGGGUAAACAACUGUGUCGGAGAGAACAAUCAAAAAUAUUUUGUGUUAUUUACGUUCUACAUCGCAACAAUAUCUUUGCACUCGCUGUUCCUUGCCAUUAACCAAUUCCUAAUGUGCAUCAGACACGAGUGGAAGGAAUGCACGACUUACUCCCCUCCCGCCACGGUAGUUCUCCUGCUGUUCUUAAUGUUCGAGGCGCUCCUCUUUGCUAUCUUCACGGCCGUCAUGCUCGGUACUCAGGUGCAAGCCAUCUGGAACGACGAGACGGGCAUCGAACAGCUGAAAAAGGAGGAGGCGAGGUGGGUGAAGAAAUCGCGGUGGAAAAGCAUCCAGGCCGUCUUCGGGAGGUUCUCGCUGCUGUGGUUCUCACCGUUCGCGAGGCCCGCUCCUAAGUUUAAGAAUGAAAGUGAUUUGUACGCAGUGUAGGUUAUUUAUUGUUUUAUUGAUUUUUAACAAAUACAGAGGCUUCUUUCUGC